UACAUAUUAUAUACUGAACAACAUGAAGCUAGCAACUGUCGCACUUCUCAUUGUCGCCCAAGCCAUGACCUCCUUGGGUGCACCGACCAGAUCGGCCUACAACCACCACGGUACUGCGCCCUGUGAGUAUGAGGGUGUUACAACGUCACAUGGCCAGUCGUACACCGGUGAGACGCAUAUGUGUAUUUGCAAUAACUCCAAGUGGGAAGACUGCGAAAAGUCGAAAUACCGCCCAGCACACAAGUACAACAGGUUCAACGAGUAUGAGGAUGACAAGUAUAAGCAGGAGCAUGAGGUGGACCGUACGACAACGAGAACCGUAACAGAAACUGAUGUCGUGAGAAGCACCGAUUACGCCACAGUUGUUGAAACAGAGACCAAGACAAAGUUGAAAUACAAAACCCUGACUGAUACAGAUACGAAAACAGUAACUAUGACAGAUAUUGAGAUCGAGACAGAGUUCGAAACUUUGAUUCACGUCGAGACCUCAGCGAUAUAUGAAACCGUGCUAACCGAAUACACAACCGAUAUUGAUUCGGACACUGUCACCGAUACUGAUAUCGAAACGAGCACCAAGAUUGAGACUCAAACAACCACUGAGGCCGAAACUGAAACAGCAACAGACACCAAGGUUAUCAAGGUCUCUAGCACUAUCCUGCACACUGGAUCGGAAUCGGUCACGGAGACAGACACAGUCACGGAAACAGAAACAGAAAUAGUCUACGUUACUAAGGCGAAGUAUGACCCUAACAAAGAAAGUGAUGUUUAUGACAUGGGAAGCGGUUUGUACGACAUGGAGGACAAUGAUGAGUACAACAAGGGGGGUGAUUCGGACAACAAAGGUAAAUACCAACAAGCCUAUUACAGAGCUACUGGUCACGCAUAGUUAAAUGAAGUUCAAAGGAAGUAUUAAAAUCAUGAUGAGUGGAGAUGACACUAGGGGGGGCUUAUAUCAAAUGAAAUAAAUUAGCAAGUGCGG